UAAUUGUCAGGAAGGCUGUGAGCCCGUCUAGCUGGCCAAGGCGGGACACGCCCGGCUGUGCCGGCUGCUGUCCGGGCAAGGAUCGUCUGCGGCGCUAGGUCCUUUUCUCCGUCCGACGGCGCAUAAAUCUCCCUCGAAACCGACUGAUCCGUUCCCGGUAAGGGAACAGAUAUUCAAGACCCCUUCAUUGUCCUUCCAGUGGACACCGAGCCCAGCAUCGGCGGCGUCGGCGGGUAGCUGUUUUGCCAGAACAAUGGCUAAUGGACAAGACCGGGUAGUUGCUCUAGUGGACAUGGACUGUUUUUUUGUUCAAGUGGAACAGCGGCAAAAUCCUCAUUUGAGAAAUAAACCUUGUGCAGUUGUACAGUACAAAUCAUGGAAGGGUGGUGGAAUUGUUGCAGUAAGUUAUGAAGCUCGUGCAUUUGGGGUCACUAGAAACAUGUGGGCAGAUGAUGCUAAGAAGUUAUGUCCAGAUCUUCUACUGGCACAAGUUCGUGAGACUCAUGGGAAAGCUAACCUCACCAAGUACCGGGACGCUAGUGUGGAAGUGAUGGAGGUAAUGUCUCGUUUUGCUGUGAUGGAACGUGCCAGCAUUGAUGAGGCUUUUGUAGACCUGACCAGUGUUGUUCAAGAGAGACUACAAAAGCUCCAAGGUCAGCCUAUCUCAGCAGACUUGUUGCCAACCACCUGCAUUGAAGGGUUGCCCCGAGGCCCUACAACAGCAGAAGGGACUGUUCAGAAAGAGGAAAUGCGAAAACAAGGCGUAUUGCAAUGGCUUGAUUCUCUUCAAACUCAUAACAUCACCUCUCCAGACCUACAGCUCACGAUGGGAGCAGUGAUCGUGGAGGAAAUAAGAACAGCCAUUGAGAGACAGACUGGUUUUCAAUGUUCAGCUGGGAUUUCACACAAUAAGGUUCUGGCAAAACUGGGCUGUGGACUAAACAAGCCUAACCGGCAGACCGUGAUCUCACUUGGGUCAGUCCCACAACUCUUCAGCCAAACGCCCAUUGGCAAAGUCCCUAAGCUUGGAGGAAAGCUAGGGGCCUCUGUCAUUGAAGUCCUGGGGAUAGAAUACAUGGGAGAACUGACCCAGUUCACUGAAUCCCAGCUCCAGAGUCAUUUUGGGGAGAAGAAUGGAUCUUGGCUAUAUGCCAUGUGCCGGGGUAUUGAACAUGAUCCAGUUAGAUCCAGGCAAAUACCCAAAACCAUUGGCUGCGGCAAGAAUUUCCCAGGAAAAACAGCUCUGGUAACUCGGGAACAGGUACAAUGGUGGCUUUUGCAAUUAGCCCAGGAACUAGAGGAGAGACUAACCAAGGACCGAAAUAAUAAUGGCAGGGUGGCCACUCAGUUGGCCGUGAGCGUUCGCGUACUGGGAGACCAUCGUCUCAGCAGCCUGCGCCGCUGCUGUGCCCUUACUCGCUAUGAUGCUCACAGGAUGAGCCAGGAUGCGUUUGCUGUCCUCAGGAACUAUAAUACUUCAGGAACCCCAACUGAAUGGUCCCCUCCCCUUACAAUGCUUUUCCUCUGUGCUACCAAAUUCUCUGCCUCUGCUCCUUCACCUGGCACAGACAUCACCGUCUUCUUGAGCAACGACCCAAGUUCUCUGCCAAAGGUGUCAAUUACCAGUUCAGAAGCUAAGAACCAGGAAAUUGGCCCAGCAGUGACAACCACUAAGAAAGCAACCACUUCUCUGGAAUCAUUCUUCCAGAAAGCUGGAGAAAAGCAGAAAGUCAAAGAAGCUUCCCUUUCUUCUCCUACUGCAACUACGCAGGCCCCCAUAAGCAAUUCACCCUCCAAGCCCUCAUUGCCUUUCCAAACCAGUUGUACUUCAGGAACUGAGUCCUUCUUUAAACAGAAAAGUCUGCUUCUAAAGCAGACACAGCUUAGUAAUCCUUCAGGAAAACCACAGUCUAGUCCUAGAGAGUUACCAGACUAUCUUCCAACAGAGUAUCCAGACUGUGCCCCUGUCUGUGAAAAGGUGUUAAAGCCAGAAUCCUCCAAAGCAACUCCUCCAGAGAUGGAUUUGGCCCAGAACAGCCUAAGCAGCCUUGCUUCUUUAACUUCCAUGUCUGCUCUAGAGGUGGCUCAGAAGGCAACCACUACCUCCAGUCUUCUGGCUGCUGAGGACCAAGUGCUCUGCGAGAAGUGUGGCUCUCUGAUACCUGUAUGGGAGAUGCCAGAACACACGGACUAUCACUUUGCAUUGGAGUUGCAGAAAUCCUUUUUGCAGUCCCAUUCCUCAGCCCCCCAGGUUGUUCCUGCCAGUUCUCCUCAAAGCAAAAGAAUUCCCAAAAGCCCUUUGGCCUCCAAUAGUAAACGCCCUAGGCCCGAGGGCAUGCAGACAUUGGAAUCAUUUUUUAAGCCAUUAACACACUAGUGCUGCCCUCAGGCUUGCUGCAGGGUUUUAAUAUAUUAUCUGUAACCUGGGAGAUGGAAAUAUGUCCACUUCUCAAGGAAAUUUAUAAUUUCAUGAAAUUUUUAAUAAGAAAAAUAACCUGGUUAGAUAGUGAGUUAAGGCUCCCAUCUCUUCACAGACAUGGAUUCUAAUCCUAUUGCUGAUAGGGAGGUUAAAACUCAUCUUCCAGAGAUAUAACUGUUUUGAGUUUUUAAUUGUUAUUAGUCUUUAGGGAAGCAGGGUUAUACAGUUUAAAAUGUCUGGGCCUUGGAGCCUAAGAGAUCUGGUUCUGAACCUGGCUUUGCCUCUGGGAAUAUGGCCUCAAGCAAGUCACUUCCUGGAGCCCUGCCCCAGGAAGAUACCACAUGCUGCUGAGCAAGGAAGCCCGUGCGCCACAACUAUUGAGCCUGUGCUCUACAGCCCAUGAGCCACAACUAUUGAGCCCGUGUGCUGCAACUACUGAAGCCCACACACCUAGAGCCCAUGCUCCACAAGAGAAGCCACCACAAUGAGGAGCCCACGCACCACAAUGAAGAGAAGCCCCUGCUCGCAGCAACUAGAGAAAGCCCAUGUGCAGCAACAAAGACCCAACGCAGUCAAUAAAAAAAUAAAUCCAAUAAGUAAAUAAAUUUAUUUUUAAAAAGUUGGCACAGAAAAGAAACUGAGUGAAAAAAAUAAAAAAAAAAUUUUUUUAACAUGAGGUAAAGACCUGUUUAGGGCAGGACUCUGUACAUAGAAGCUACUCAAUAAAUACUGAAUUUCAUUCAAGUAAACCCUAUUAUAGCCACAAUUUUAGCCACUGGCCCUUCUACCACUUGCAUUUUGUUCUAAUGUGGAAUGAGAUUGUUACGGGACCAGUUCAGGAACUCUGUUUAGAUGGGAUAAGUCAUGAUCAGAACUAGGUCAUCUCUAGGACCUUGUUACUACAAGUGUGCUUUUGAGGAGCAGCGGCGGCACCACCAGGGAACUUGUUAGAAAUGGUCUCAGCUUUACCCCCACGCCUACUGAAUUUAUAUAUUAAGAAACUUGAGAAGUACCGAUCCAGAAGACAUUAACAGCCCACCAGGUUUGUAGAGAGCAAUGUCAUUUCCUUAAACCCUAAAUACACAUUUAAGAGGGAAGUGCUUGGGCCUUCAGGGUAGCUGGCAUGUUCAUCUCUUCCCUACUGAAGUGUGAAUGUUUAGCUUAGGGUUUUAAAUGAAUUAUUGAAGCUUUUUGCACUUGUCCAUGUUUAUAGUACUGUAUUCUUUUUUUUUAAGGUUUUAAAAAUAACAUUUAUUUCUUAAAAGCUAACAUGUAUAAUAGGAAACCAGUGAACACAAGAAGCAAAAAACAAGUCAUCCAUCACCACAAGCAGUUUACUGUUUGACGUGUCCUUCUAGGUCUUGUUUGUGUAUCGUACUGUAUUCUUAAUCUUCAUUCUUAUGUGUGGCAAGUCAGUUUUGGCUUUUCUGAUAUGGGAAACUGAUUACACAAUUAAAGAUGAACUUUGAAGAUGAACUGAGUGAUGGCGGCAGAACAGGAGGGUAAGGAGGGUGGUAUACAUAGUCUCCCUUCCCAAAUAUGUACACAAACCAGCACUUUUAGGCUUAUUUUAGCUUAUUUAUAAAUUGGGGGUCUGUAGUUUGAAGAGGAUACAUUUGCAAACCACUGUGUCUAACAAAUUACUUCUUCCUCCAAAAAUACUUCCCACUUUUGUGGCAGUUAAAUAUCUAAUAAAAGAUAGUACUUACUGUG